ACUGACAUUAUUUAUGCUUAUAUUCAAAGGCCCUUUAGCAAUGAAUUCUCCAGGGGUUCUUCCGGUUCUAUUUCGGUCUUUCGACGCUCUUUUUGAUUCUGGUACAGUUCUUACUUUGCUCAACAGCUCUUUGUCCGAACGUCCUAAGGUUUCUGUUGAAAUCUGCUUAUCCUUACCACUAUCGGAAAUCAUAAAUUGGCCCGCAGAUGGCUCACCUAGGAUGCAAAAGCCUUAUAAGUCUCUUCAGGCUAGCCAUGCUUUUAGUUUAUCACCUGAUCGCUCUCAUCUGAUUCCUAAAGCAUGGGUGAACGGGCAAAGACGACCUUCUCAGGGUCGUAAUCGCAUCCGAAAGUUGGUUCGCCUUCUUUUAGCCGGACAGCUUACUUUACAUCCUUUUUUCGCCCGUCUUUGUUUACCGGGCAGUGUUCCAUUGUCUCUCUCUGAAGUCUGUGGCCAAUUAGUCCAUCCUUGGAUCGAGCCAAACUCUGAUACUAUUCUGCCUCGUAAUUUUCGCAAGCAUCACCA